GACUGUUUUAAAACUAAAUCGGACAUCUUUGGUUUCACCCUAUUCGUAUCGUCCAUGGCGACGCCGUUGCUCCGCGUCGGCCCCGAGGUCGCGUCAUACCUCUUUGGCCGCUGCGAGCGCCACGUCAUCCGCUGCAUCGCGGUGCUGCUGCUACUGAGUUCCAUGUUUUUUCUGCUGUGCUUUGCAGCUGUCUACUUGCUCGCCCCCGCCGACCAAGCCCGCGUGAUCGGAGUCUGGGCGCCUCUCUUGAACGCCGGCGUCUCGAUUUUCCUCGCCAGCCUGUACCUCUACGGCAUCCUUAGCGCGUGCUGCGGACGCUGCGGCGCGUCCGUCUCGCCCGAGACAUUUCAUGGCGACGCGGCUUCGAUUCCAGGCAGUGGCUGCGUCGCCCGCAUGCGGCGCUUCUAUAUCAAGCACUUUGGCCGCUUUGGGACCUUUGGCCUUCUAGGGCCGCAUUGCGAGGCCAAGCUCAUGCUGAAGCAGAUCGUGCAGAUUCCCGCGCAGCUCUAUCAAGCCUACCGCAUGAGCUGUCUGCUCACGGACGCGACCGCGUCGCUGGCGUACGCACUCGUGCUCGUGGGCAACUGCAUUGCGGUGCCCUUGCUGCUCGCGAGUUCCAAUCCCUUUCGGCGCCGAUGGGGCGCUGCGUUUCUCGCUGGAAUUCUCAAUUUUCUGCUCUCGUCCGGAAUUCCAUUAAUUUUGAACUUUCGCGCGAUCGCCACCUACUAUUUCGCACAAGACGCGGGCAUCCUCGACGACCACGCGUGGCUCAACGCGACGAUCUUGCUCGGCCGCUUCAUCGUCGUUAGCAGCCCAUUGGACUUUGUCACGAAAGUCGUGCCGUUCCUCACCUGCUACCUCUCCCUGCGGAGCAUGACCAACGCGGUCGACGUUCGUCUCACGUACUAUAAACUUAACGGCACACGACUCUUUGCAACGUAA